UGGCCGCCGGCCCCCAAGGCUCGGGUGGCGCGGAGCGAGGCCCAGAGGAGGGAUGCGGCCGCCCCUGGGGCCCUGGUGGCCGCUGCUCUGGCUGCCGCCCCUGACCCCACUGCCCGCGGGCGGCGUGCGCGGGGAGGAGGCGGCGGCGUUGUCAGUUUCAAAGUGCACAAUGUUAAAGGAGAUAGAUUCAAUUAAAACUUUUCAGUCAAAUUGUUACUGCUACAAUCAACAUUCCCAAAUGGAGUGGACAGCUAUUUGGUCAACUGUGCAGGUGAAAAUUACUAGUCCAGGCCUGUUCACCAUUGUGUAUAUCACAGAAAGCCAUCAUUGCCAGUAUCCAGAAACCAUUCUUUCUUUUACCAAAUGUGUGAUUCAUAACUUUUGGGCACCAAAGGAAUCUAAUGAUGUGACCAUAAUCAUCCAUCCGUAUGUGGAGAUGGCGUGUUUCUCUGUGAAGCCUGCUGGGGAGAUGCUGGCCUACAAGAUAAGUGUGAAACGAAACAUUGUAGAUUUCAAACUCUUGCUUGCAUGUGUGGUGGGCGUUUUUAUGUUCUUCCGCGCAAAGGUCUUGAGUCAGAGUCCUGUUUUCUAUUACUCUUCGGGGACUGUGCUAGGUGUUCUAAUGCCAUUAGUCUUCAUCCUGCUCUGGGGCAAAAGGUACAUCCCAAAGUAUAGCACCUUUUGGGCUCUAAUGGUUGGUUGUUGGUUUGCUUCAGUUUAUGUUGUGUACCAAUUGAUGGAAGAUAUGAACUGGCUGUGGUAUGAAAACAGAAUAUUUGUAUUAGGCUACGUCCUGACAUCCGGACCUUGCAGCUUUGCCGUCUGUUACAGACACGGCCCACUCACUGACAGCAGGAGCCUGCUGAUGUGGACACUGCGGUUCCUGUCCCUGGCUCUCAUAUAUGCUGGCAUGGCCAUGCCUCAGAUAGCCUACACACUCAUGGUCCUUCUUGUGUCCUUCCGCUAUUGGGGCUACCCAUUGAGAGCCUUCAGCUAUAUCCGCUGGAAAAUGAAGGAAUGGUUUCAAUCGAAAAAGCUGGUGGUGCGGUUUCUUAGCGAAGAGGAGUACAGGGAGCAAGCUGAAGCCGAAACGACCAGUGCCCUGGAGGAGCUGCGCCAAGCCUGCCGCAGAGCUGACUUCCCCUCAUGGCUGGCCGUUUCCAAACUCCAGGCUCCGAAAAAAUUUGCCGAGUUCGUCCUUGGGGCAAGCCACCUGUCGCCUGAAGAGAUCCGUCAGCAUGAGGAACAGUAUGGCCUGGGGGGUGCCUUCCUGGAAGAGCAGCUCUUCAGCCUGCAGGCCGACGGUCUGCCCACGAGCUGACCUGCUGUGCAAGGCAGCCAGGAGGAAGACACAGCUCCUGCCACAGUUGGGUGCAGCUGGUUAUAAUGGACAGGGACAAAAGCCAUCUGCUGUGGAGAACAUAUGAGCCCCCCACCCCUGAGAAGGUCGUGUGUUGAGGCUCACUCUCCUUGCAGAGGAAUAUUUCAGUGGGUGGCACAAAGGUUGUGUGUGUCAUGACCACUUUCCUUGCAUGGAGACUUUCAUCAGGAACCAAGGAGCCAUGUUCAAAGAGCCAACAACCAUGAACAUGCACCUUGGCGGCACCAGGACACUCGCACUGUCUUCAUUCCCAGAACCUGUGUCACCAUGCUGCACUAUUCGUCCCACCUUUGAUCACCAUUGGUGCUCCAAGAGACCUAAGACAUUGCUGGACCAGUGUGAACCAAAGACUAGUCCAGAGCCCACCACUGAGUACUAGUGGGAUUCUGAGGGAGUCAGUUAUUUACAGAAUUAAACCUGUAUCCUGGAGGACUUUUCAGAGCCUUCAAAUGCGCAUUGUGUGCUUGGCUUCUGCCUUCAUAGGACCAAAGAAGCCUUUUUUUUUCCAUGAGGAUAAUAUACCUGGGAACAGGUUUAGAAAAUGCCGAUGAUGGUUUGGUGGCAUUGAGGUUUGGGGAGCUUCAGUAACUUGUCCAAGACUGCAUGUAAAGGCAGCACGGAAUAGAAUCCCAGCCCUCUGGAGUGAGAAGAGGUCAUCAGAUGCAAGCUGAAGGGACUGCAGCCUGGGGUCUCACAAUCUUUUUAUUUUUUAAUAAUGUCUAAUUAGCCAUUUAAUAACUGGGAUACAGAGAAAUAUUUCUUAAGAUAUGUUUUAAAUUUUGAUAUGAUUUUUAUACAUAUAAAGAUUAGAAACUAAUUCCUUUCUUGACUUGUGUUUGUGUGUUAAGUUGGAGCCAUUUACCCUCUUGACGUUUACAAUAGACAUCACCAUUAUAAAUAAUUGUAUCUAUUUGUAACAAUUUUCCACCAAACACACUGUGAUCUUUUUGCCAGAAAGCAGUUUUUUUUUUUUCUCAAUUCAUAAUACCAGACUCCAGUGGGAGCUUUGACCCUGGGGCAAGGUGGCCAAAGCAUAGAUCUGAGUAAAGAUUUGGGCAUGGCAACCCAUUCAUGAAGUUAAAAUGUUGCUACACCAACUCCCUGGGGUCUCACACUUGACUUUUUUUUUUUAACCUGGAUGAGACCACAAAGAAUGAGAUCAGUGCUAUUGUGUUCCUGAGCCCAGUUGAGUGGAACUUCUCUGAUAAAAGUGCAGCCCAGCUGGAACUUUCUAGAUUGGUUUUCAAAUGAUAUGCCCUCUGUGAAGCAGUAUUUAAAUAUAUAUAUAUCUAAUAUUAGGAGUUUUGUCUUUUUGGCCAAAAUCUAUUCAUUCGAGCUAUGCCUUUAUGUAGACUGACUUGCAGAAUUCCACUCAGGUUUCUAAGGAGAACUAUUUGGCAAGUAUAAGCACAAGUUCUGACAUUGUUUUAUUGCACUUUCAUGUGACUUUAUUUUUUUAUCCUUUUUAUGGUGACACACUAUAAGUGUUGUAGAUGUG